AUGGCGAAUUUUCAGAACUGCAGCAUCAUUUUAACAUCUUUGCCUUGUGAAAAUAUUGAGAGGCUGAUGUCGAGGGAACAUCUGCACACUCCACUUCUGGUUGUUGGCGAGGAGGUCUGCAGCAUUGAAGCUCACCAGAGUGUAGUGUCGUGGCUUCCUCGGGACUGGACCUCGGGCAUCGUGGACAUCAUCGUAGCUCUACAGUGGACCGACAUCUUGCUCAUUGUGGAUGAACACAUAAGUAAGGCAACCAUUAACUGGUCUGAAAAUCUGUCCGUGUGGCACUCCUAUACUAUUGAACUUCCAAUAGAUGAGUUCUCCAUCAUUUUUGUUCCUCCACGACAACAGGUCAGCCUCAAGUCCAGGCUAGCUGCCCAGCACAUCAGCUCCUGUACAUUUUCUCUCUGUCCUGCUGAUGACUACACCAUCUCGGAAGCCGCCGCCGUGAUUCGAACCAUCACAAGUCGGUCUGUUUUCCUGCUGACAUCGCCGGAAACAACGCAUUCCUUGUUGUCUCUAUUUAAUCUUCAAGAACACGUAUCUGGUGUCCAUGACAACUUGCAGUUAAGAGACGAACUGGCCAGUGAGGACUUCAAAUGGUUUGUCACGUCGCCCGGAUUUGACAGUUUGAGUCUGAAGCUGCUAUCGUCUGCUUCCCACAAUGCAGUAUUCCUGUUUCCUUUUAAUCGCGAUGACAGACCUGCAGUUGAGCCUGAGGAAGAUAUGAACCCAUGCGAGUUCCGGUUUAAUUUUAAGGAAGUAAGUAAUAACGGAGCCGCUUUUUCUAUUUUGACUGUUUGCUUAUUUGAGUGUUUUAAACCUCCAAAGACGAUUAUUGUUCUUUUGGUCUUCCACCCACUCGUUAUCGUGCUUUUGGCCGUCACCCACCUUAUUGAAAGUCUCAUUCGAAUUUAUCCUGGCGUCAACUUUACCUACAAGCCACCUAACUUGCCAUUACCAUAUUCAGCCCUAGAGCACGGAAAACUACUGUAUGGUUCAUCACGUGACUUCACUGAUUAUGUGCCCGAGGGUUUAGCCCUUUGCAGCAGCAGCAAGCUGAAGAACAAGACAUUAGUUCUGGAAGGUACCUGGACAAGCACUUCUGGUCUCCGGUUGUACAAUGACCUCGCUCCUCAAACCCAGUUUCGUGAUUUUUGGAACAACAACCUACGUGUGGGUGCUGUGGAGUCCAUCCCCUUCGUCAGACGUGUAAGGGAUUCCAACCACGUGGUGUACUACGAGGGUUUUUGUAUAGACCUGAUGGAUGAACUGGCUGAUUACUACAACUUCACGUACACAAUUUUUGAACCUCCUGAUAAACAAUUCGGAACACAAGACAGCAAUGGUACAUGGAACGGAAUGAUUAGCAUGAUUGUACGAGGGGAAAUCGACUUGGCCAUCGGUCCUUUUAGCAUCACAGCUGAACGCAAAACAGUCGUUGACUUCACAGUCCCCUUCAUGGAGGACGGAGGAGGGAUCCUGACCAAGAGAGCGACCCCCGGCCUUGACCUGAUGACAAUGUUCCGACCUUUCCAGUGGAAGCUGUGGCUGCUGUGCGCCGUGUCCAUCGUCAUCACGGGUGUCGUGCUGUUCGUCAUCACCAGGGUACACACCCUUCACGCCACAAACGACAACAGCAGGGAACCCAUAGGAACUCUAGGAGAGUGUCUGUUGCUGGUGUACGGUGCGAUGUUAAAACAAAACACGCCAAAGCAUCCGUCACCCGCUUCAGGCCGCCUCGUUCUGGGGUCCUGGUGGGUUCUGACCAUCCUCAUCGUCUCCAUCUACACGGCCUCGCUGGCAGCCAUGUUGACUGUGACAGUGCAGGGCAAGAACAUCGACUGCAUUGAGGACCUGGCCUACUCUGACCUCACACCCUUCACACAGCUUGGCACCAGCUGGCAUACAUUUUUUAAUUUGUUUCUCUGCGCCGAGAAGAAACCAUUUUAA